UCUAAUCGCAGUUACUACCCCCUCUCUUCCCGUACGAACCGUCUCUCACGCAACCCCGGUUUGCUGCCAUAUGCCCAAUUUCCCGCCCGCCAAAUCUCAUCUGCGCGUCCGUUCCCAAAACGCCCCCCCAAGAAACAAACCCCACGAAAAAAGAAAAAAGAAAAAAGAAAAAAGAAAAAGAAAGGUCCCUCUAGAAGGUGCGCGGAGGGAGGGUGUGGGAAGGGGGAAGCGAGAUGGGGAAGCAGCGUCGGAGGUACUGGUUGUUGAAGACGGAGCCGUCAGAGUGGUCGUGGGAGGAGCAGGUGUCGUCGAGCGGCGGCGUGGCGGCGUGGGACGGCGUGCGCAACCGCCAGGCCGUCAAGCACAUGAUGUCGAUGCGCGCCGGCGACCGCUGCUUCUUCUACCACUCCGGUCGCCGCCCCUCCGAGCGCCGCAUCGUCGGCGUCGUCGAGGUCGCCAGGCCGUGGUACGCGGACGGGGCGGAGGGGGGCGCGGUGGACGUGCGCGCGGUGGGGGAGAUGCGGCGCCCCGUGGAGCUCAGGGACAUCAGGGAGAAGGCGGCGGGGGAGGCGAAGGAGAUCAUGAAGGGGUUCGCGCUGCUGCGGCAGCCGCGGCUCUCGGUGGUGCCCGUUCCGGACGACGUAUGGGAGGUGCUGUGCGAGAUGGCCGGCGGAUUCGAAGAAGAGGCACCGGCACCCACGGCGGCGGAGGAAUCCUCCGAUGAAGAGGACGAAGCUUCCCCAGGGAAGGAAGGGGAAUGAAAAGGUUUUGGAUGCAGACGGAGUAUAAUACUAGAACUGGCAUGAAUUUUGGGAAUCAGAAAGAUGGAUGAACUGUUUUGCGUUCUCUGUAACUCUUAUCUAGGUUCUAGUUCAACUUUGGAUAGUGCUGUGUAAAUGUUUAUGUGGACCAUCCAGCAGUUUUUUUGUUUUGCAGCAAAAAAAUGAAACUAGAACUGGAGAGCCUUCAUUCAGAGCUUUUCUUGUUUCAACUUUGUUUGUAUUACUACACACGAAAUCAACAAUAACAAACGUUUUAAUUAA